CCCAGACUGUCUUUGUCGGCAAGUUGAGCGCGUCAUGACUAUGGGGUGUGUCCCGAAAGUCAGCUUUUAUGAGAUGUUUAUAAGAGAAUGUGCACAGGCGAUGAGUUCUCUUUAGCCCAUAUACGGAGCUUCAUCAAUGUCGAGAUUUGCUAUCAGAACACAGCUUUUCGCAACACCCUGUUCACAAUCCCCCAGAAGCUUUCAUCGUACAUUGCAUACUACCACUAAGAUGUCUUCAGACUCCGGACACAUCAACUUUCCCGGCAAAACCUCUGCCACCCCAGGAGAAGAGUUCGAAGUCCGCCAGACCUCAACCACUGAGGAUUACCACCCCAACCCAUCCAAGUCAAUUCCCCUCUCACCAGCGCGUCAGCGCUUGAUCGACGACAUCAUUGCGCUGUACUCAAUGAACCCCACAGUAGAACGCGUGAAGCGAUACACGGCCGACUGCGUGUACGACGACCAAUUCGUCUACGCCAACGAUAGGUACAAGAUGGCAGGGCAGUGGUUUGCCUUGCCUAAGCUCUUCAAGGCGAGCGUAAACGAGGGGUACGAGAUUGUGAAGAACGACCGAGACCUAAUCCAGUUCAGGAAUGAGCAAAGCUGGACUUUCAAGCUCAUCCCAAAGACUGCGACAAUUAAUGCGCUCGUCAGCCUGAGCCUGGAUCCCGGCACCGUCGACAGCGACUUCAUUCAGGUCAAGUACCACAAGGACCAGGCCAAUGACAAGGACUACAGCCAUGAGGGCGUUGGGUUCUCGUUCAAGAAGUGGCAAGCGGACAACGUCAUCAAGGUGAUGGAUAGCAAAGAGGUUGAAGCUUUCGCUGCGGAUAAGGAUGCCAGCAAAAACAAGGUGAAGAAGUAUGGCACUGGCAAGACUGAAGGGGAUGCACCUAUAAAGGAUCUCUGAGCCAUUAUUGAUGCUUUGCUGAGUGAUCGUAAGUAUGGAGACGACAUUUUCUAUAUUAACUGUGUCUAUGCUGAGGAGUCGAAACAGAAAGGGAUGCAUUUAUUCAUGCUGAAGCCUGUAUCACUCUUAGCUGCAAUAUCACAUCUUACGGAAAAUUCUUAGGUGCAUUGCCGUGGAAGGAUUCAACUGUGCCCUCUAGUAAUGUUCCACUACGGAAGAACCUAAGACAGAAAAUAUUCUCCCUCGUUAAGCCUCCC